GACACCCCCUAAUCACCAGACCUCAAAAACCCAAACAGGUAGGAAGGUCACUUCCCAGAAAAACCUGAUAAUAACGAGCAUAUCUUGCCGUUCAACUAGGACACAUUAAAACAGAAUAAGAAGAAGAAUAAAAAAAAACAGCGACCCUUUUUUUAUUAUGUAACGUUACCCGACGCAAAACGCGUGUAGCUGUCGUUUAGAGUUGAAUAUUUUUUAUUUGCGUUCACGCGUUGUUUUUUUUGCAAAUUUCGAUGUAGGAUUGUUUUUGCUGAUUUAUCCUAAUUUGCAUUUUAAGCAAUUUAAGGUUCGUUUUUGAUUUUCUGGAGUAAAACUUAGUGUGAUUUCAAUGUAUGAGGAUGAGAAAGCAUGUUUUGUGGUCUGGAUUUCAUAGCUUGUUAUACUUUUCAACAUCAACUUGUAACUUGGGUCUCUCGGCGAAGGCGGGAACGUGAUACUGCAGGAUCCAGUUUCCUUGUUUCCUCCCCCACACUGUACCAAACUCUCCUCACUCAUAGUAAUAGUUCCAGUAUUGUUCAUUUCUCAUUACCUGUAGCAAUAUCUAAUGUAUAUUGUAUACUUUCAUGUCUGGAGAACACAAACCUACUGUUAAAAAAACACUUUGGUAUGCUUAUGUAUGUUCAUUUUAAAUAAAACGUUAUACCACUUAGCUUAGUUAUUUUACUUAUUUAACCAGGCUUCCUCAAGUUUAUCCACAGGUCUUAUAAGUGCCAUCGUCUUGAUCUUUAGUUACAUGGCGUCCCAGUUUAUUCCCUUACACUCAAGGUGGGUGAAAUGGUAACCGAAUUAUUGUAGUCUACCCACAGCCAUUGCAUGUAGGCUCUGUAGGGUUUGACCUUGUUUUAAACUUAUGUGGUUGCUAAUAUGACUUUUCCCCCCUUUUUUUAUUUAUUUGAAUACGUAUUUCAUGUGGACAUGAGGGCUCUGAUAUUUAUCUUUGAUUAUUCCUACUUCCUAUUAGGUGUUCUUACUCGUAUUCCAGUAUGCUAUCCCAGCCAUAAUAGCCGUAGCAGUUUGUUUGUAGGCUACAUCAGGACCCUGUUGAUUACCUGGGGUCGAUUGUGAUAAGAGUCUGAAAUAUCUCUUUAGGAUAUCCACAUCCAGCAAACUAGGUAUGUAAAUCAACCUGUCUUCACUCUGUGUUGGUCAACAAUGUAUGGGAUCUUUGCGAUGGUGCACAAGUGUGCCAUUAUUAUUUAAUCUUAAACAUAACUGACACUAUAUAAACUCAAGCUCAAUGCGUCUUAUAGAGCUAAUCUUAAAAUUAAAACAAAAUGGGAGGGUGUUACUUGAUUUGGUCUUAACUUUAAGUGGGUGGAAGGGCACCUGAAUUUUGUUCCGCCAUUAACUGAACUAAUGGAACGAGUAACUUGGUGUCUCUUCCACGAACCCUUGCUCUGCACAGUUUCUCACUCUAGUUUCUCUCCGUCUCCUCCAGGUUGCUUCGGUAAUCUGGGCACGAGGACAUCACCCCCGAAACCGACAGGGUGCGGUUGUGCCUUCUCCCCCUCAGCAAAUAAACCUCAGAUGUUCGACAGCACUUGAAGGCAGCAGCAGCACGAUUCGCCUGCGAACCAAUGGGAGCGGUGACUUUUUCAAGAUGACCAAUCAGCGGCGUUUACGUCUUACGGAGGCGAUGUGUGUCAAACGGCCCGCCCUGACGUCGUUCAUUGAAGAAGAAGACGGACGGUGUCGGCAUACCAUCCACUGAAGAGAUUCAAUCAUGACUACCAAACUUUGCAAGCUGUUUGUCGGAGGACUGAACGUGGAGACCACAGAAGAUGGCGUACGCAAGUAUUUCGAGCAGUUUGGCAUGCUCAACGACUGCGUGGUGGUCAUGAAUCAGACGCUCGGCCGGUCCCGCUGUUUCGGCUUUAUCACCUACUCGGCUCCGCAGGAGGCCGACGCAGCAAUGGCGGCUAACCCACAUGUCGUCGAAGGCCACGACGUGGAAUUGAAAAGGGCCAUAGCGCGUGAAGACGCCAACAACCCGGACAUUCUCGCCAACGUUAAAAAGAUUUUCGUCGGCGGCGUGAAAGACCACAUCGAGGCCGACAACCUGACCGAGUACUUCUCCCAGUUCGGCGUGGUGGAGAAGGCCGAGAUCAUCUCCGACAAGCAGACCGGCAGGAAGCGCGGCUUCGGCUUUGUCUUCUUCGAUGACACCGACUCCGCCACCAAAGCGGUGCUGACCAAAUACCACACCAUCAGCGGGAACAAGGUGGAGGUGAAGAAGGCUCUGACCAAGCAGGAGAUGUCCAACGGCGGGCGAGGAGGGAGAGGUCGCGGAAGGAUGCAAAGCUAUAGCGGCGGAAGAGGCGGCAGCGGCGGCUACAGCGGCUACAGCGGCGGCGGCUACGACAACAGCGGCUACUGCGGUGGCGGUGGAUACGGCGGCAACGGCGGAGGGUACGGUGGAUAUGGCGGAGGGUACGGUGGCUAUGGAGGAGGCUACGAAGAGGGAGGCUACGACAAUUCGAUGGGGGGUGGGUACAGUAACGGCGACUUUGGGGAAGGCUACGGACAGCAGAACUCCGGCUAUGGUGCAGUGAAGGCGGGCAACUAUUCCUACCGGACCCCGGCUCCAUACAACAGGGGCGGCGGUGGCGGUGGCUACGGCCGGGGAGGCGGCGGCGGCGGCGGUGGAUUCAGCGGUGGCUAUUAGAGCCCCCGCCUUCAAGUUCUUGUGAUGUUCAUGGGGUAAAUUCUGAUUUACAGAGAACUUGAAUUUACACACACACAGGACACACACCCGGGUGAGGGGGGGUUGAAUUCAGUCAAGGGAGCAGUGCCCAUCACCCACAGAAUCAAUGAGACUGUUCUGGAUCCUGGCUCCCCCGGAGCCCAUCUGUCCUCUUAUUCCACACAUUAUGGACUUUACUGCUAAGAAUUGAGAAUUGUACUUUUUGUUAUGUAGGUGGGGGAAUACUUUCUUUGAACCAUUUGUACAACCGUAAUCAAUUUCAGUCACUGCUUCUCAACUCGGAAUUGAGUUAGUUUGUCUUGCAAACCAGCCAGAUGUGUGUUAUUUUUGCAUCAUGAACUCAGGGUUUUAAGUGAUGUUGGUUGCAAUGUCAGGAAGCAUGGGACUCUAUUGCUCGAGUUUCUUGAUCCUAACUAAACACUAUCGUGACAAAGUGUUUUUUGGAGAGAAAAGUCACGGACUGUUUUUGUUAUCUGUAAAUUUCCAUUUUCCACCCGUCCCAUAACAGGCUUUUGUUUAGAUUAAACUGUUUUUGAAAUCCAUGUGUUCAAUUCACCCUUAUGUUUGAUUCUGCUUUUAUUAAAGUUUUUAAUGUUUUGAAACUCAAUUAAAUCUCUCAGUCUUGA